AUGUCAUACGACGACGAUCGCCGUGGAAACUCUGGGCGGCCCGAUCCUCGCGAAUACGGGGGAGGCGGUCGAGGGGCUGACAACUACUAUGAUGAGACCAAAAAUUUCGAUGACAAUGAGCAAAGCGUUGGCUACAGCAGACAAGGCGGGGGUCGUGAUGGAAACGAAUAUGGAAGUCAAGGACAAGAAAACCGCGAGGGUCGUGGAGACGAAUAUUACCGUCGCCAAGAAAAUCAAGAACAAUACAGUGGGGACCAAGGGGGAGGGUAUGACAACGAGCCUCCUCGUCGUCACGAACGAAGAAAUGAUGAUCAGUAUGGGGGCUCCUCUGGUGGUUACAGCGAAGGUCGUCGUCAUGAGGGCCGCCAGGAGCAGGUCUCAGGAGGCUAUGGCGAGGAACGUCCAUAUGAAAGGCGCCAAAACCAAAGCUAUGUAACGAGUGGCCAUGGUAGUGGUGGUGGAGGGCACCCUGGUGGUUAUGGAGGAUCGUCUGCCGACUUGGACCAAGAAGAAAUCUUGCGCCAGAGCCAACAUGGGAGCUCGGGAAAUUCAGACCUCUUUUCCUCAGCUCUUAGUUUUCUGGGAAACAACAAGCAGAGUGCUCAGGCGGAAGAGAUCGAUGAAGGACGCUUACACCAAAGCCACCAGCAGCUGUAUCAGCAAGAUGGGGGCAAUCAACAGCAUGACGCGUCAAGCCUGGGUGCAGGGGCAGCAAUGCAAGCCUUGAAGAUGUUUUCGGGUGGCUCUGGGGGGUCCUCUGGUGGCUCCGGGUCACAGUCACAGUCCCAGAUGAUUUCAAUGGCCAUGCAGGAAGCAUCUAAGCUAUUUGACAAGCAGAAUGGUCAAGGCAAUGUGCAAAGCGGCACUGACAAGCAGUCUGUGAUCAAUCAAGCAGCCAAAUAUGCACUCCAAAUGUACUUGAAAGGUGGAGGAGGUGGUGGUUCUGGAGGACUCAUGAGUUUGGCCAGCAAGUUCUUGACGUGA